AUGACAGUUUCUAUCCAUGGAAUAUUCCGAAACUAUAGGUUUGUCAUUGGGGCACUCACAGCAAUGAUGUUGGUUUUAUUAUUGAGAUCAUCGAGUACUGGUGUUCCAAUACAAAGUUCUAAAGCUGUUGAGCAACCGGUAAAUAUUCAGCCGGUUACGGCUACUCCUGGUUAUUUGGAAGAUAAGGAUAGUGAAUCGAAAAACCCUGAGGUUGCUGCUGCUGUUAAAAGCCAAGCUGUCAAAACUUCACAGCCGGAGAUUAAGGUUGAGGAUUGUAAGAAGAAUCAAUUCGUUGUAAUGAUUGAUGCAGGUUCUACAGGAUCGCGUGUUCAUGUAUAUGAAUUUAAUACAUGUGUUGAGCCCCCAAAGUUGUUGAAAGAGUAUUUCAAACAACUAAAGCCAGGAUUGUCGUCCUUUGACACAGAUGCAGAUGGAGCCGCCAAGUCUCUAGAUCCGCUACUGGAUUUUGCAGUUGAGAAUAUCCCUAAAGAUAUGAGAAGAUGCUCUCCUAUCGCUGUUAAAGCCACUGCAGGCUUGCGGUUGUUGGGGGAGGAAAAAUCUAAGAAGAUCCUUGAAGCAGUUGCCCUACAUUUGGAAAAAGAUUAUGAUUUCCCAAUUGUGAAGGGAGAUGGAGUAAGUGUCAUGGAUGGAAAGGAAGAGGGUGUGUAUGCCUGGAUUACAACCAAUUUUUUGCUAGGGAAUCUUGGAGGUAAAGAGAAAUCAGCUACCGCAGCGAUCUUUGAUUUGGGUGGUGGUUCUACACAGAUUGUCUUUGAGCCACUACCAGAAGCUGUAGCGAUUCCUAAUGCUGCGCAAACGUAUGAAUUGGAAUUUGGAACCCACAAAUACACCUUAUAUCAACACUCCCAUCUUGGUUACGGUUUAAUGCAGGCGAAAGACAAGCUUGAUAUAUUGAUAGUUGAAACAAAUAUUUUGAAUGGUAAUAUUAAGAAAGGUGCCACCUCCGAUUCUUUGGAAAUGGUGUCGCCAUGUCUCGCGCCAGGAGUUGAAAUUAAGAACGUCAAGGUUAAGGUUUCGACGGGGGAAACCUACACUGUCACAUUCAAGAGCCCGCCGGUUUCAAUGGAAGCCCAAUGUAGGUAUCUCGCGGAUAAAAUCUUGAAAAAAGAUGCAGCCUGUAAUGACCCACCUUGUUCCUUUGAUGGAAUUCAUCAACCCUCUUUAAUACACUCAUUCAGUCCUAAUGGUAAACUAUACGUGUUUUCGUUUUUCUACGACCGAACAUAUCCUUUAGGAUUACCCCUGUCUUACAGUCUACAAGAAAUGUUUGACCUAACAAAGUCGGCGUGUAUGGAUAAAAGUACGUGGGAUACUACAUUUGGAAGUAUCGAAGGCGCUUCAAAAUCCCUAAAUACUGAGCCAAGGUGGUGCAUGGAUCUAAAUUAUGAAAUAUCUCUUUUGCAUACAGGCUACGACAUCCCAUUAAGUAGGGAAUUGAACACUGCUAGAACUAUCGCAGGGAAAGAAGUAGGAUGGUGCUUAGGCGCAUCACUUCUUUUAUUGGAUGGGAAUAAAUGGACUUGCAAAAUCAAGCUAGAUACUGGUAUUUAG